AUGAACUGCGCACUUUCCUACGACUCGCUGCCGGCGCGGCCAAGCCCUCGUCGAUCCAAAGACUGGGAGCGCGAGCAUCCACACCAGGCGGUGCGACGGCUGUCGUCUCCCCGGCGCCCCAGCCGCAGCCUCCUCACUACCCCCACGGCGCCCCGCCGGCCCUCGGCUCUGCCCGGGUACCUGUUUACCCCAUACAAGGACCAGCAGGAGCUACAGCAUCACCAGCAGCAGCAGCAGCAGCAGCAUCCAUCCCAGCAGCAUCAGCAGCAGUACCAAACGCAGCAGCAGCAACAGCUUCAUCACCAGCUGCAGCACCAGCAGCGUCUCUCCCUGUCGCUGUGCUCCGAGGCCUCGCUGGCGCCCCCCGUGGCCACCGUGGGCAAUGCCCCAACGCCCUGCUGCCGGGCGGUCGGCGUCAUGCCCCUGCUGCGGCUGGUGCUGCUGGCCUUCAGCUGCGUCUUCUGGGCAGCCGGGCUGACCCUCUUCACGCUGGGCGUGUGGGCGCAGGCCUCCCUCUCCGACUACAUGCUGCUGUCGUCCAACCGCUACCCCAACGCGCCCAACGUGCUCCUGGCCACGGGCGCCGCCGUCACCGCCUGGGGGUUCCUGGGGUGCCUGGGCGUCGCCGCCAACUUACCAACUCUGCUUCGGGCUUACGGGGUGUUCCAACUGGCGGCGUUGAUCACGGGCCUCGCCACGGGGCUCUCGGGCUUGUUCUACCGCGAGGACAUCGCGGGCGGGUUCCGCAGCGGGCUGCAGCGGGCCGUGGCGGCGUACGGCGAGGACGAGGGCCGCGCAGAUGCGCUGGAUGCCCUACAGAGGGUGCUGGAGUGCUGCGGUGCCGAGAGCUGGCGUGACUGGCUCGCCUCCGACUGGGCCAACAGCAGCAACAACAACGUCUCCGCCACCUCUUCUACUUCCUCUGCGUCGUGGGCUUCACUACCCGACAGCUGCUGCAUCCGACGCAAAGGCUGCAAGAACCGCCCGCUGGCGCUACCAGAAGGGGGUGGAAGCCAAGGGGUGGAGGUGGAGGCUGCCGGGAUCCACCCGCACGGAUGUUUCCGGAAAGUCUUCAGCUUCGUCAAUGACAAUGUCUUCCACAUUGCGGCCACCGUGCUGGGACUGGCUUUCACCCAAGUGGUCGGCAUCACCCUGGCAUGCAUGCUCGCCAACCGCCUCUCGCCACGGCCACGCUUCCCACGACCAGGGAUUCAUUAA